GACAUUUUAGCUAUGGAAAGUACUAACGAGAGCAGUAGCUCCGAAUCGGAGCAUAUCUCUAAAAAACAGCUAUUUAAAAUGAUCAAGAAAUUGAAAAAAAAAGUACAUAAACACCGCCAUCACUCGCCGGCGCCGGGCGAACGGAAAACGUCUCGUUCACGGUCCCUCUCAAGGCGACGAUCCCGAUCGCGGCAUAGGCCCGCCAGAUCACGUGACCGGAGCCCGGCUCGAGACUACCAUCAUCGAGACGUGAGGUCCCGCUCAGGCUCACGACAAGGCAGUGUUGAUCGGCACCCGCGCGGUCCGACAUUUUCAGAUUUUGACGACCGUUCUCUGCGCGAAACGGAGUCAAUAAUCAUCGAUGCCGCUGCUGAGCCCGACGGCGACGGGAUGGCAGGUACCUCAGUAGAGCUCGGGCGCGAACUGACUGCGUCCAAGAAUGCCUCGCCUGUUUUGGAAAUUGAUAUGCAAAAAGAUGAAUUUUCAAUGUUUUUGGGAGAGGAUCCUAACAUAAAAAAUAAAAACAUUUUUGAACUACAUAAAGCCCUAUGUACACGAUGGGGUCAUAUAUUGUCUCAUGGCCUUGAUAAAGAUCAAAAGCAAAAAAUUUUGGAGCGUUAUCCCUUACCAAGCAAUUGCCCGGAGAUAAAUGCUCCAUUAGUAAAUCCGGAAGUAGUAGGAGUGCUUUCAAACCCCCACAUAAAAAGGGAUGAAGCCCAUUUAGGCAUACAAAAACAACUGAAUGUCGGUAUAAGCGCUCUUGGGAAAUCCAUGAAUAUUAUCCUAGAAGAUAAGGAAAAUAUUCCUAAAGAAAUUAAGGAACAAUUACUAAUUUCUUUGGGAGAUUCAGGCCGAAUCUUUUCGGAUUUGUCAUUUAAUAUUUCAACCAUGAGAAAAAACCUUAUAAUGCCGAGUUUAAACAAGACAGUAAAAGAUCUAGUAUCAAACACUACUCCGGUACAAUUUCUUUUUGGAAGUGAUAUAGGGGAAAGAAUUAAAGAGGCUAAAUCAAUUGAAAGAGCCAAAAAAGACCUGAAACCCGAACCAAUGACAACUCAGCCUUCUACUAGUACUAACUCUUCGUACAGGCGACCGCAUACUGAAGCUAAUGUUAGACCAAACUUCAAAGUUAACCCAAUUCCUUUAAACAGAAAAAGGCCGGUUCGCCGAGGGGAGGUGAAACCACAAAGGGGCCAUCACCCCAAAAAAGAGCAGUACCAGAGGAGGAGGCAUUAUUGGUAA